UCAGUUCCGUUCGGCCUACCCUGCCUUCAGUUCUGUUCUCUUCCACGCCGUUCCUCUUCCUCGACUACGCCUGACUUCCAUUCUGUUCUCCUCCACACGAUUCUUCCUGACGACGCGAGUAUUGAGCAGCAGCAGAGGGACCAGGCCUUCCCUUCGCUAGGGUUUGGUUGCCGGUCGCCUCCGCCCUCCGGCCAGGCCGCCGGAGCUAGGAGCGGUCGGAAUCGAGUCAGUGCGGCCUUGCUGAUCCGUUCCCCGCCUCCGACGUCCGCUCCUCGGUGCCAACGGAGGCCCCGCACAGCCGCACCUCGCCAGCCUCUCCUCAGCUCAGCUGCUCCCAUCGGCGGCUCCUGACCCCCCAACUCCCUCAUUCCUUCCUUCCCUGCGAAGUUCGAUCUGACGCGUCAAGGGACACCAGUGAAAGGCAGCAGCACUGGCCUUUAAAUCCUGAAAUAAGAACAAGCUACUUCAACUCCAUGCUUAAUGAUAUAACAAAGUGGAUAAAAACAUGAAGCGGUUGACGGUGGACAAACCAGCGACUGGGCCACUGUCGGCGGAGAGCCGGAGACCUUGCAUCUGCAGCUCUGCGCAUCGGCUGAGCCAGCUUGCUGGGAGUCGCAAUCGCAACCAUGCGAGGCAGAGCUAGCUGCGGGCAACGGCACGGCACAGAGCUUCCCUCCACUACACGUGCGGCCCCUUAGGGUUUAAAGGUGCGUGAUGUCUUCAGAGGAGCUGAGGACAAGCUUUUCAGAUUUUGUGGUGAGUUCAUCAACCCGGAAAAAGGGCCAAACUAAUUCUUCAGGUGAUUCGUCGUCCGAGGGGGACCUCCAAGUCACUUGUUUCACAGAGGACCUUCAUGAUGUCACACUUCAUUUUCAGAUAGUGAGGUUCUCUAAACAGAUCUAUGUGUGGGUUGGAUGCAACACAGCAAAAUUUGGCCAUCUGUACGCUGCUGCAACCACUAGGCCGGAUAAUAGAGUGAGUGUCACCUCUGUACUAGGAGGAACAUCCGACAACACCGGAUCAGGAAUCGCCCGCCGUCUAGUGCUGAAAACUGGUCUGAACAUAGUCCUGGCAUGCAACAUUCCAAAAGACAGCCCCAUGCUUGAGGCUGCUGCGGAGAGGAAGCUGGUGGAGAAGCUGAAAGGUUUGGGCUACACGAGACCCAUAGCUGGGGAGGCUAAUACUUCCAUUGCACAGAAAUAGGUAGUGUGAUCUGGUGAGGCUUCGACUAUUACUGGGCUUAGUUUCACCGUUAGAUGCAGGAGGAAAGCUUGUGAUUAUUACUGGGCUUGAUCAAUUGACUGGGUAUCUGUACAAUGUGGCAAAAAUGUUCUGAAUUAUAGUGCCUUCCAGGGCUCUUGCACAAACGACAGCCUGCCAUUGAUCUGGAUGCUCUGAAACAUGGUGAGUUGCAACUCCUAGAUGCAAAUUGCAAAUCGAUCGAUGCCUUGGAA